CCAUUGAGCACUCGACAACACUGGCGCCAGCAACGCUAAUAUCGCAAAAAGUCAUUUUGUUCUGAAAAUUUCAUUUUACGUAGCAAACAUUUAAACAAAAACGAUUAAAAUGCCCAAGGGUCGCGUGAGCAAUGUGUGGCAGCACUACGAUAUUAACGAGGAGUGCGAAAACUUUGCGAUAUGCCGCUACUGCGGCAACAAUAUAUCGCGUGGUGGCAUGGCCAGCAAUUUGAAGGGCAACAAUACCACCAAUUUGUGGACGCAUUUGCGGCACAAGCAUAGCGACGAGGUCCUGGUCAGCCCGGUGCAGCAGCGUCCCCAGGCGCGGAUGAUCCCGAUCAUCAAGAAAGAGAAAACUGUGCGGAUAACCAAGGCCAAGACGCUGAGGGAGCCACUGCGUGUGGCCAAGCCGAAGAUCGAGACCAAUGUGGCCAGUUACCUGGGCGAGUCCGGUGCACUGCCCCAGAAGUGGGAGGAGUACGAGCAGAACGAUGAGAUCGGCGAGGACAUCAAGGAUAUCAUCUACAGCGAGGAUCCCCUGUGCUACAGCCCCAUACAUGUGAUGGAGGACGAGGGCCUGGAGCAGGGCGAGAAGCAGGUCACCAUGGUGACCCAUUCCAGUGCCUCCGCCGCUGGGGGCAGCAGGCCCAGUGGAGCGGCUUCGGGGGUCCAGGCCACUGUGGUGGCCUCCUCCACCUCCACCAACAACACGGCCAAGCAGCUGAAAAACAACCUCGAGACGUCCAUCGACCGACUGACCACCGUUAGCGAGCAGCUCAGCUAUAUCAUUCAGCAGAAUCACGAGGAGGCCACCAAGGACGAUGACUACUAUUUCGCUCUUAGCUUGGUGCCCGUCAUGCGGCACUUGUCGCUCAGUCGCAAGAUGUACGUGCGCUCCAAGAUCCAGGAGAUACUGUUCAAGGAGAGCGAGGACUCUGUGCCCACCAAGGAUGAGUAGGCGGCACCCCCCUUUACAUUUAACCACAGGAUUAAGAGGACGAGGAAAGGAACGGAAACAACAGGGCAUCUCUGCAUGCCUUUAACUAGGUUAAACAAUUAUACAUAUGUUAUGUAUUCAGUUAGUUUAUGCUCUUCUAUCAAGUGCAAAUACUUUCAAUUUUAAACUUAUUUACCACAACAAAUUUUGUCCGAAAUAAAGCUAUAUGACGUAGUAAGAACAA